UGGUUCUCGCCUCUAGAUGGCGCUGUGGGACAACAUGACUUUUUAUAAACACUUGCACGUGCUGUGAGUCUCUCAACUUAAAAAAAAUCAAAAAGAAGCGCCGGUUUGGAAAAAAAUAAAUUAAUAAUUCGACGGCAGUGUAAACACAUUCUACAAAAAAUUUAUAAAGAAACAGCAAAAAUCUCGAAUGAACCCAAAAAUCGUGCGAACGCAAAAUGAACAGCCUCUGGAUGGGCAACCUGGAGCCCUACAUGGAUGAAGAGUUCAUCUCCAGAGCUUUUGCUCAAAUGGGAGAAACAGUGAUGAGAGUCAGACUGAUCCGAGACAAAAUAACCGGGCACAAUGCAGGCUAUGGCUUCGUGGAGCUGAUGGAUGAGACAUCGGUAGAGCGAUGCCUCCGCAAAGUGAAUGGAAAACCUUUACCUGGUGCCACUCCUCCGAAGAGGUUCAAGUUGAGUCGUGCCUCCUACGGCAAACAUGACAGCUGCUCUACGUUCUCCCUCUUCGUGUCAGAUCUCACCCCAGACGUGGAUGAUGGCAUGCUGUAUGAGUUCUUUCAUUAUCAUUUUUCAUCCUGCUGCAGUGGGAAGAUAGUUCUGGACAGCAGUGGAUACUCAAAGUGCUGUGGCUUUGUGUGCUUUGAGAGCGAGAGAGAGCAGAGACGGGCUCUGGCAGAACUCCAGGGUGCCUCAGGACUCGGGAAGAAACCUUUACGCCUCAGUCUGGCUGCAAAUAAACUGAAGAAGAAAGAGUCGCCUGAGAACCAAAAUGAUCACCUCCAUGCAGAAAGCUACAACAGCCAUAAUUUGUAUUUGAACCAGUGCUAUUACCCACAGUACGCCAGCCAUUUGUCUACAUAUGACUGGAGCUAUGAUUACAGCUACUUAAACCCUUCCCAGGACAUCGCACAGGGCGAAGAGAUGGAAGAUGACGGCCUAGAGUAUCCAGACUCGGAGAUGAAUGUGAUGGAGGCAAAUGAGAGCUUUAUGGAGCAGAGUGAAGAACUGUACAGUGCUCUGAUGGGUUGCUUCUUCCAGCCCCCUGAGUCAUGGGACGGGGUCACCUGUAACGCUACAUGUCACCUGCCAGAGCCAGUUUAUCAGUAUGAGGAGAUGGACUGAGCAUAUUUGUUCAUAUUUACUUUUUGUUUAUAUUACAA